UCCGCAGAACGGUGCCUCGCUUAUAACCGCGUCGCGUGUAAUGGCAACAUUAAUAUUGUGAGUCCGAUCAAAAGCAUUACAGGACCGGCUUGUAUUGUUUUUUCAAAACAGUCAUUUGUGUAUUCGAAUAUUUACCACGUGGAAAUUCGUGCGAGAGAAGCGCAUAAUGUUAUAACAGUCAUACGUCAUUAUCGUAACACUAUUGGCUCUCCAAUAUUCAUCAUUUAUCACGCGUUGUUUAAUAUGAUGGUCUUAACUACGUACAGCACAGUCACGGCGUUUCUUGUGUGGACUUUGGGAUUUUUGAGCACGCAAUGUGCUACAAUCGAAAACCACCAAAGAGUCGGCCAAUGUACGUUUAUCGUCCAUCCCGUGUGUCCCGACCCUUCGAUCAAUUUUUAUUUGUACACCAGAGAGAACCGAUACGAUCCUCAAUUGGUCACCAUCAAAAAUAUUACCGAGUCGUACUACGUAAAGACCCUCGCAAAUAAGUUCAUCUUACACGGUUUUAACAGUAAUAUGAUGCUGGGCGUACUUCAAACCAUAAAAGACGAAUACCUAAUGCAGUCAGACAUAAACGUCUGGAUGAUCGAUUACCGUGACGUUUCGGCAGGGCCCCGUGAGUGUUAUUUCGCUGCGGUGUACAAUCUGCCGGCUGUAGGGAAGUGCACUGCUUUGUUCGUGCGUAAAAUCAUUGAGCUGUCCGAGGUGGAAGCGCCCGAAGAGGCAAUGCACGUGAUCGGAUUCAGCCUAGGGGGCCAAUUGGCCAGUCAACUGGCCAAAUAUCUGAAACCUAUCAAGUUACCAAGGAUCACGGGACUAGAUCCGGCCCUGCCGUUGUUCUAUAGCACGCACCUCAACAGUAGACUGAAUCGAAACGACGCCGAAUUCGUGGACGUGAUACACACGAACGCAAUGAUCCAGGGUCAGUUGGCGCCAUGCGGUGACGUAGACUUCUAUGUCAACGGUGGAUUAGCGCAACCUGGUUGCCACAACAGUUCAAAUCCUAUCAAUUGUGAUCAUCAUAUGGCUCCAACUUACUUCGCCGAGAGCAUUAGGUCGGUGUCGGGAUUCUGGUCGUGGCCGUGUCCGAGUAUGUUCGAUUACUUUUCUGGAAAAUGUCCCCGUAGAGGCGACCAUGAGCUGAUGGGAGAGUGUGUGAACCACAGUGCCAGAGGUCAAUACGUAUUGCACACGAACAGCGAACAGCCGUACGCCCAAGGCGAUUGGACACGUUGAACACCAGGGACUUCGAAGAAAAUCCAUGUGCUGUCACCCACCCCACUAUUGUUAUUAUAACGUUCAAAUAAACCAAGCCACUCACACGCCACUGGAACACGAAAAUAAUUAUUAUACCGUUGCGUUUUCGUUGAAUAUUUUAUCAACUAUUGUUUUAUUUUUUGUUUUAAUGUGUAGUCCAAGUUCAGAACGGAUACAAUGCAAUAUAAUUUAAUACUAUAAAUUAUAA